UGUACGGAGUUAAAGCUUUACGCAAACAUAAAGUCAUAAAAAUUGUUAGAUUAAAACAUAACUCCUUAUCGAAGGCACACAACAACCGAUAUUUCAUUGAAGAACUGAAAACCAUUGCGAGUGAACGGAAACCAUAAAAAUUAAAGACAAUUCAUAACAAGACAUUGGAUGUGAGAGACAAACAUGUCUUCUAAGUUCAAUAUAUUCUUCUUCUCUCUUUUGGUCUUAACAUUGAGUUCAUUGGUAUUGAGUGAAGAACCGGACAAAUGUGUGGACAAAUGUAAAUGUUUUUCUGUAGGCGAGAACCGGCCAGAGAUGGACUGCACGCGACAGAACCUAUCGGUCAUUCCGGGGGCGUCUGAAUGGCCUAAAAAUAUAUUCGCUUUGGAUAUAAGUAUGAAUCAAUUGAAACGGAUUGAUGUCAUGGACUCCAGCGAUAGUCUCGAGUUUUUGGAUUUGGCCUCAAAUGCGAUCGAAACCAUAGAACCGAAUGCUUUCGAAAAGUUGACACAAUUAAGAGGACUUGAUUUGAGUCACAACGAGUUGAUGACUUUGCCCACAGAGCUCUUCACUGAUAAGCUAUUGACACUCAAUUUGAGUUAUAAUAACAUCGAAAUACUUCCCAACGAUUUGCUGAAGAAGUGCUUAUUUCUGCAAGAAUUACGUUUGGCUCACAAUCCGCUCAGAAUUCUGGACUCAGAUCUGUUGCGCUAUUCGGGACAACUGAAAGCACUCGACUUAUCGGCCAUUUCCUCGUUCGCACUCAAAGACGAUAUCUUUCAUCAACUCUUUGAGUUAACUGAACUCGAUUUGUCGGACAACGACUUCAUGUUAGUGCCCACUAUUCCUCUGCGAAGUGCCAGAAAUCUAAAAGUAUUAAAACUGAGCAAAAAUCCAAUCCGUGUUUUGGACGAACACUCGUUCGUAAAGAUGCAUACAUUGACUGAACUAUAUUUGGAUGAAAUGAACGAAUUGAUUGAAGUGAAAGAGAAGACGUUCUCCUAUUUGUUUAACUUGAAGAAGAUUUCCAUCAGUAAUAACCCUCACUUGUCUUAUAUCGAUAGCUAUGCCUUUUACGGCACAUUUAACAGGAGUUGGAUUGCCCUCAAAGAAGCUAAUUUCAGAGCUAAUAGACUGUCAACACUUCCGGAGAAUACUCUGCCUUUUUGUAAUCUGACAACUCUUGACUUGAGAGAGAAUCCCUGGACUUGCGAUUGUCAUCUUCUUUGGGCCAAAUACUGUCACUUAAGACCAGAGCUCACGCAUGGAAUCAUUUGCGCGAAUCCGGCCGCACUUCGAGGACACGACCUGAUUAUGGUAGACCAUCACAACAUACACUGCGAACAAAACCAGAUCUAUAGGGAGGUAAAGAUGAUGCGACUCUUCGUUAUAGUGUUCGUGUCGUUCACACUCUUCUUCAUCGGACUAUUGUUUGUAUUAUUCAUAAAACGGGAUCUAUUGAUGAGAUGGUGGACCGAUCGGCGAAGAGGCACCGGCGCUAUAUAUUACGUGAAGGCCCACUCAAAC